UAUAACCGCGAAUUUUGUGCAUUUUUUCUUGAACUUGGGCAGAGUUUUUCCAACACAGGUCAGUCCCUUUGGAAGAUGGCAUACCAUCCAUGUCCAGAGUCAGACUACACAGACUCUGAUUCUGAGUUUGAUUUUGCUUUUCCAAAAGCAACAGUUCCUCGAGAGAUUCCUAGCAAAAGUGCCAAGGAAAUCUUUCUGGAAACUCUGGAGAAUGCACUGAGGGAUGGAGACCUUGAAACUGUGAAGAAAUGUUUUGAAGAUGAAGAACAAUCAUUCGGAGUUGAUGAGGCAUUUCCCAGGAGUAAUUGGACACCUUUAUUCUGGGCCUGUCAUGUUGGGAGUUUGCCAUGUGUCCAGUUUCUUGUGGAGACAUUGGGAGCUGAUGUACAUUUGAUGGGUGAAUCUAUGAGACCUCUGUUAAUGGCUUGUAAUUCGGAGAAUCGUGAUCAGGAAGCUGUAUUGAAAAUCGUGGAAUUGCUGAUGGAAAAAGGAGCUUCUGCUGCGGUAUCUGACAGAUAUGGCUUCACACCACUCAUGUAUGCCUGUCAGAGGGGUCACUUGUCCGUUGUCCUGAAGCUCCUGCAAAUCACUGAUCCAGAAAUAAUCGAUAGCUCCGGAAGAACUGCCCUUUUUCAUGCAAUCGAAUGGAAGCAGAAGGAAGUUGUAAUAGCUUUGUUGGAGCAUGGAGUAUGCAAGGAUAUUGUAGAUUUCAAGGGCUUCACGCCAAAACGUCUUGCAGAAUUCUGUGGCCAUACUGAGAUCCUAGAUCUCAUUCCACGAAGCAGAAUUGCCAUUGACAUUCCCACCAAUUUCCUGACAUACUCAAAAUUGGAGGAUGUUGUUCCUGGUCUCGUGGGAGAUUCCAAAGUUCCCGCAUAUUUUCCAGACCUCAAAACUAUCCUCUUUGGCAUGGACUGUGAUCAGCUGCUGCCCAUCUUUGCUCUCCGCAGCGUCAGCCUCGAGGAUUUUCUCUCAGCCGAUGAAGUGCAGCUCAAGGAGUGGGGCAUAAAACUGCCAUUCCAGAGAAAGAAAAUCCUGAGGGGCAUCUUUCUCUUUCACAUGCGCGAGUGGAAGACGACCAGUGUGCCUCAAUUUAAGAAAGAAGACAAGAUUGACAUGCUUGAUCUCUUCCGGAUAAGUGCGAGUAAUCUCAAGCACUUGGUCGUUCUUAAGGCUACUCAAAGACACAUCAAGAAUGCCAUGGAGAUGAAGUUACAGGCACCAGAUGCACAAACUGUGGCAAGAUGUAGAUACGCUAUACAUCAGCUCAUUGAAGCCGUAUCCAUCCUCAAGGACAGGAUCACAUAUAUUCAAUCCUUCAAUCCCAAACCCAUUCUCAACAUUGAUCAUGAAGCUCUCAGGCGAAAGCGCAUAAAGGAGAGAUGGAGGAAGUACCUGGUCUAUUCAGUUCCGGUUGUAGCUGUGAUUACGGUGUUUGUCAUUCGGAAAGUGAGAGUGCAUUGAGGACACACCAAGCCAAAAUCGAGACUCAUUCGCGAUCAAACAGGCAAAUUUUGAAUCUAUUUAUAACCCUCGUGUUGUUCCGCAGAUGACCCAAAAGCAUCUGGUCGAUUUGUUAAACUUGAUCUAUAUUUAAACCACAUACGAUCUUGUGAUUUUGUGGAGUGGAGAAGAACGUUUAGGAAGGGACACUCAGUUAGUAUCGACGUCCACCUUAAGUUAGAUCUGUUGUGAAAAGGAGUAAAAGUUUUUCGUUUCUCUGCCUUUUUCCUGUGACAAAUCAAAGAGUGGUCCAGGAGAAAAAAAAAUGGAUAAGAUUUUGAUAAAAUUUUUCACAUUUUGGCUCUUCGUUGCAGGUAAUUAUUGCUAAAAGUUGAAACUGAAAAAAAAAAUUGUAGUAAAUUAUCCUUUCAUGAGGAGUGAAAAUUUGCAGAAAAACUGUUAUUGUUAAAGUUGUUUAGGCCAAAAAGUGGAAUUAUUUGUCUAUUUCUAAAAAUAAAAAUUUGUAAUUCAAGUGUGGCAUCUAAUGUUGCAAACAAUUGAGAAAUGCCGUGGUGGCUGUAAAACGAUUUUCAUGACAUUUUGAAGUGUUUUGAGAUCAUGUAAAUUACAAAAGUUGAUGGACUAUAAAUAUACAAUGUGUGAAAUUAUUCUAAAA